AUGAGACGUCUUAAUGAGAGUGCAUUACUUCCACAUCAAAGAGGCAGUGCUCUGUGCCAGCAGAAAUCGAGCAGAAUCGCACAAAGACUACCAUCAGUGAAAAUCAUGGCAGACCUAUCGGCAGCUACCCUCAAGCUGAGGAAAGAAUUCCAAGAGAUCACGGAGGAGCUGAGAAAUAAAGGGAUCCGGUACCGAUGGGGAUACCCCACCAAAUUGCUGAUCACCAAAAAUGGCGGACUAAAAAUUAUACACACACCAGAAGACGGACUCAAGCAACUCAGAGAAUGGGGCCUACUAACAGGGUUCCCGAAGAAAGCAGGCCCAGCAGAGCGCCUAAUACCUGAAUGGCGCCAACUAUCCAACAAAUCUACAUAA